CUCUUCAAAACGCCUAAACUCGUGAAAUUAAUUGAAUUAAGUGAAAAUAUGUUGCGUCAAGUAACACGAGCUGGUGCCGCAGCACCCAAAGUACUCCAACAAUUACAAAAAAGUUCAGCUGCCGUAACCGGAACACAAAAAUCCAAUAACUAUGCUACCGAGGCAACAGUGCAAGUGCAACGGCCUUUCAAAUUACACCGUCUCGACAAGGGACCCGAAACCACUGUCAAACUAACCAAAGAUGAGGCUCUCAAAUACUAUACACAAAUGCAAACUAUACGCCGUUUGGAAACCUCUGCCGGUAAUUUGUACAAAGAGAAAAUCAUUCGUGGUUUCUGUCAUUUGUAUUCGGGUCAGGAGGCUUGUGCUGUUGGCAUGAAGGCUGCCAUGCGUGAUGUGGAUAACAUUAUCUCUGCGUAUCGUGUCCAUGGUUGGACCUAUUUGAUGGGUGUACCACCAUUGGGUGUUUUGGCUGAAUUGACGGGUCGUCAAAGUGGUUGUGCCAAGGGCAAGGGUGGUUCGAUGCACAUGUAUUCACCAAAUUUCUAUGGUGGUAAUGGUAUUGUGGGGGCUCAGGUUCCCCUGGGUGCCGGUGUUGCAUUUGCCUGUAAAUACAAGGGCAACGGUGGCAUGUGCUUGGCCUUGUAUGGUGAUGGUGCUGCCAAUCAGGGCCAGGUCUUCGAGGCCUACAACAUGGCCUAUUUGUGGAAACUGCCCGUGAUCUUUGUGUGUGAAAACAACAACUAUGGCAUGGGUACCAGUGCUGAACGUGCCUCCUGCAACACCGACUAUUACACACGUGGUGAUGUUCUACCCGGCAUUUGGGUCGAUGGUAUGGAUGUUUUGGCCGUACGCAGUGCCACGGAAUUCUCCAUCGAUUAUGUCAACAAACACGGUCCCAUUGUCUUGGAAACCAAUACUUAUCGUUAUUCCGGCCAUUCUAUGUCUGACCCCGGUACCAGUUAUCGUACUCGCGAAGAAAUUCAAGAGGUGCGUCAGAAGCGUGAUCCCAUUACCUCAUUCAAAGAGCUGUGCAUUGAAUUGGGUCUGUUGACGGCCGAUGAAAUUAAGGCCAUCGAUACCAAGGUACGCAAGGAAGUUGAUGCUGCCACUGCUCAGGCCAAGGCCGAUGCUGAAUUGCCAUUGAGCGGUUUGUGGACCGAUGUCUAUUCACAGUGUUUGGAACCGAAAAUCCGUAACUGUGUCGAAUACAAUAUCAAACAUGUUCAACAGAAUAAGGGUGUCAAUCAUUAAU